GUAGUUUGGGCUGCGCAGCAAUGGAGUCAUGGUGGGAGUUGAGGUUCUGGGGAACUGCAGAGGCCUGAAAAGAGAUUUCGAUAGUGACUUUAAUCUCAGCAUAGGAAGCAUCUGAUUAAUGAAUGAUUUACCCACUGAGGACCCUUAGAUCCUGUGGAUACCUGAGAAUUGAUUCAUCUGUUUGUAGCUGAGGCUUGGCACCUGCAGCUUUUCCUCUCCUGCCAUUUCACCAGCCCCCAGCUCACGGGCUCUGGCUCCCCUGAAGUCCUGGGUGACUUCACUAUGCUGCGACGGAAACCGACCCGCUUAGAGCUCAAGCUCGACGACAUUGAGGAGUUUGAGAGCAUUCGCAAGGACCUGGAGGCCCGUAAGAAGCAGAAGGAAGAUGUGGAAGGUGUAGGAACCAGCGAUGGAGAAGGAGCUGCUGGGCUCAGCAGUGACCCCAAAAGCCGGGAACAAAUGAUUAAUGAUCGAAUUGGUUAUAAACCCCAACUCAAGAGCAACAACCGCACAUCUCAGUUUGGAAACUUUGAAUUUUAGAGAUGGAUUCUCUUGUAUGCCAGACCCCUGGGACAGAAUACAAUGAUGACAGGAGUACCAACCAGAUUUAGAGAAUUAAGUGUGUGCAACCAAGCAGAAGGUUUUCUGUCUCCUGCAGGGAGAGGUGACUUCUGUGUGAAAUUACUGCUGUCCAACCUUUCUGAUUGGCUGGAAGCCAAAUUCUGGCUUCUUCCUGGAAAGUUGGACCGCAGAAGGCUUAACUGAUUUUUGUUUUUAAAAAUAAAUUUAUUUUUGGAAAAAAUGUGAGACGUCCUUAAAGGUAGUAGCACUGCUAAUCGCCAGCUCUGACAGGUAACUGCUACAAGUGACAUCAUUCUCCUUGUCUUUACAAAAAGACCCCAGGCCCCAAACACUUGCAGUUGAUCCCCUGGGCUGACUUGUUUAUUCACUGUCUGCUGACCAUCCUUCAAGCAACAGAGAUCCCAGAUGAGUGUGCUCAGGCUGCAAUCCAGCACUUGGGAGGCUGAAGUAGGAAUCUCAAAGAGUCGAAGGCUAGUCUGGGCUACAGAGCAAAACCCUGUCUCAAAAUGUCAAAAACAAACAAACAAACAAACAAACUGGAGACUGGAUUCAAAUGAUCAGAUUGUCAGAAUUAAACCCACUUCCAGGAAGCUUUACACCGGGGGGGGGGGGGGGGGAAGCACAAACAGCUGUACAGUGAGAGACAUUCUGUUCUUCACUUGGGACUUCACUUGCGCAGCACCCAUCUGAGAGCUGCUCUGGAUACUUUCAUACCAUGCCCUAUUUUUACCAUAAAACCCAGGGACAGAACCACCAGCUGUGGAAGCCAGAACAUCUGGAAUCAAGUUUCAAAGAAACUCCUUAGCUGGGAUUUACCCAGGAUUUUGGAUAGUUCAAGAGUGAUGUGAAUGGGAAGGUAGAGACAGAGGGAGAUGUAUAGUUCCCUCUUCUGCUCCAAGCUUUUCUACAAAACCUUUAUUCUAGUUUUAUUGAUGACUUCUAAGUCCUGUUAUCUUCCUGUCUUAGAACACAAUAAAACCCCCAAGACACAGGCUGUACAUAAGACUCUUUAUUAUUGCAGCCUGCAAAGGCCUUCCAGCGGGCAAAGGAAACAAAGGAAAGGAUCUGCCUGCCUGCCUCAGUCCUUCACUGCAACUCCCCAGUAGGAUCCCCACAGUUGUUUUUGUGCCUCCCUCGUGUUUUGCCCUUUGUCCUGACAGCUGUCGUGCAGAGGGCUGUAUGAGAGUGCUGAGUGCCGACUCUCUUACUUCCUGAGAGGGCACACCAUUCUGAGUUUGCAGAUGCGAACCAGAGCUCAGCCACGAAGUGGGAGCUGUGGAGCCACCUGCUUUCCAAUCCCAUGCUCCUAAUGGCCUCAACUACAUUGCUCUCUAAGUGGUCUCAGCUGAGUCUUUAAGAAAGCAGUGUGUGGGGGAGAGAAAAUUUCCUAUUUUCAAGUUUCCAAGAUUUUCUAUGCUUUCUUUUUUUUUUUUUUUAAAGGUUUAUUUAUUAUUAUAUCUAAGUACACUGUAGCUGUCUUCAGAUGCACCAGAAGAGGGCAUCAGAUCUCAUUACGGGUGGUUUUGAGCCACCAUGUGGUUGCUGGGAUUUGAACUCAGGACCUUCAGAAGAGCAGUCGGUGUUCUUAACCACUGAGCCACCUCUCCAGCCCUAUGCUUUCUUAUUAACAGAAUGAGACAAUUAUUCAUCAGUAGACCAGGACUUACUGCAAUUGCUAAUCUUUUUUGGGCAUACCUAAAUUAUAUGUAUCAAUGCUGUGUUCCUUAGGAUCUGUUUGUUUCGGGACUACCAGCACCCAGGAGGUCACUUUAUUCAGAAGAGUGACCUUUCAUUUUCCUGAAGCCUUCAGGUGUAAUAUAAUCAGUACACAGGAAAAAUGUAGUAAGGCUUGGGUGCCUGUCUUGUGUGGGAUGCCUUAUCUGUAUUACUCUUAAUUUAAAUAGGUGCUAGUACUUCUUUGUGUGUAUGCACAUGCAGGGCAUGCUAGGGAUUGGACCUAGAGCUUAGAAAGGCAUACGAGGCAAGCUCUCAACCAACUGAGCUACACCCAUAGCCAUUUGUUUUUGCAACAGAGUCCCUCGCUGUGCAGAAUCCCAGGCCCACCUGCAAUUAUACCCACCUGCAGUCCUCUCUGUCUCUAUCUUUAUAGCUGGUUCCGAGAUCCCUGCUGCUACAGGGAGAGACAGAAGCUGUGGAGUGUCUGUAAACACCACACCCAGGUGUCAGGAUUAUACUUCAUUUCCUUUGACUUACAGACCAGGUUGCUAGACUCUAGGAUAGUAGAGGGGCUCCGGUGGGACACAUUUGCCAUCUGUAUGUACCUCUCCUCCUUAUUUCCCCUAUAUCCUGAGUGGCACAUUCUUUUAGAAUUCCCUCCCUUCUCUCUGCCACAGAAAGCAGAGGUAGACUUACUGGUGUUAGGGCCUGAGCUCUCUGAGCUGCUCAUGCUGCUGUCUGUGUUUUUAUGGUAUUAAUAAACUUCUGGCCCAAAAGGAAAA